AUGGUCAAGCGUACUAAGAAGGUCGGAAUCACUGGUAAAUACGGUACCCGUUAUGGUGCUUCUCUUAGAAAGACCGUUAAGAAGAUGGAAAUCACUCAACAUUCCACCUAUACUUGUACUUUCUGUGGUAAGGACGCCGUUAAGCGUACUGCCGUUGGUAUUUGGAAGUGUAAGGGUUGUAAGAAGGUCUUAGCUGGUGGUGCUUACUCUGUCUCUACUGUUGCUGCUGCUACUGUCCGUUCCACCAUCCGUCGUCUCCGUGAACUUGCUGAAAUCUAA